AUGGCGUGUAAUGUCGAAACUAUUCCUGCGAUCGUAACGGUGGCGUGCCUGCUCGGUGCUGCAGCGGCUCAACAGGACUACCAGCAGGAGUAUCGACAGGAGUACCGGCCAGCACCGCAGCGGAUCGGUACCGGUGCUUCCGAGGUGAAGCCUACGCCGGUUCCGAUUCUCAAGCAAAUCAACAGGCACAACGAAGAUGGUUCCUACACGUAUGGUUACGAAGGAGCGGAUGGAUCUUUCAAAAUUGAAACCAAACUUGCAACCGGAGAAGUCAAGGGAAAGUACGGUUACGUUGAUGAAAGUGGAAAGGUGAAAGUGGUAGAGUACGGUGCCAACAAAUAUGGUUUUCAACCAUCCGGAGAAGGCAUUACCGUUCCACCACCAACGCUAGUCGAUGAAACAACCGGAAAGGAUGCACUCGUUGAUUACGAAGAAAAUAUUCCCGCUCCUCGACCACAGAAACCUCGUCCGUCCAAACCACGGUACCAGGAAGUAGUGCCGCAGCCUCGUCCGCAGCCGCAGCCACAGUUCUACGACUACGAAGACGAACAGCAGCAACCGCGAGCAAAUCCACAGCCCCAAUAUCACCAGCAAGCUCAGUAUGUGCAGACCUCAAAUUUUGGUCCAGCUGCCGGUCCCGCCACCCUGCCCCAGCGGGCUCACAUCCCGAAUGCAGUUCCCGUCGACGUAGUUUACUCGCCAAAGCAGCGACCAGCUCGUCCUGAACCUGAAUACGAUACCCGCCCGCAAACCUUCCCCAGUGCACCGGCUCCGCAGCCGAAGAUCCGCUAUUCUGCACCGGCUUUCGCGGCCGCCGGUCCUGCACCGCUUCCAAAAUCAAACUUCGGCUUUGCACCGGCAGAACCUGCUUUCGCGCCUCAACCGCGACCGUCGCCCGCUGCCUACCAACCCAGACCCGCGCAAGGCCGUAGCACCAGCGUUCUGGACCAACUAGCCAAGGAUUACGCACUGCCCCAGGGAGGAGCGGCCCCGCUGCACGAUAUCUCCUUCGGAUACUACUGAACG